AUGGCUUACAUCAUGAGCGACCUGAUAAGUAUUGAUCACUGGGCCGUUUCGCAUGGACCUGUCAAGUUUCAGAUGGGAAGAAGCCUUCUGUUGGGAUUUGCCCUUGGUGGUGGCUUGGAAUUGGCCAUGGGGUGCAGUGCUAGAAUUGCAACGCCGAAGGCUGAGCUUGGUCUACCUGAACUUAAGCUUGGAAUUAUUCCUGGUUGUGGAGGCACUCAGCGUCUUCCAAGGCUCGUUGGGACAUCAAAGGCCAUUGAUAUGUCGAUGUCAUCCAAGAUCAUUACUUCUGAAGAAGGGAAGGAGUUGGGACUUAUCAAUGAUGUGGUAUCUUUCAAAGACCUCUUAACAGUUUCUCGUCUCUGGGCAUUAGAUAUUGCAGAAGGACGGCAAGCCCGUCUUAAUACACUUCAAAGGACAGAUAAAAUUGAACCUAUACGCGAGUCAUCUGCUAUCCUGGAAACUGCUAGGCAAAAGGUUUUGAAGACAUCUCCAAGUAUGCCUCAUUAUAAAGCCUGCCUCGAUGUGAUAGAAGAGGGCAUCAUUUCUGGAGGUUAUGCUGGAGUUUUGAAGGAGGACAAGGUUUUAAGAGAAUUAGUCCUAUCAAAAUCUGCUAGAGCUCUGCUUCAUGUGUAUUUUGCUGAACGUGCAACAUCAAAGGUACCAGGCAUUACUGACUGUCAGCUUAAACACCGGAAGAUAGAGAAGGUUGCUGUUGUUGGUGGUGGUUUAAUGGGCUCUGGUAUUUCCACAGCUCUUAUACUCAGUUCUAUACAAGUCAUUCUCAAAGAAAUCAACUAUGACUGUCUGCAAAAGUCACUUAAAUCAAUAGAAGUUUGCAGCCCUGCUCAUGUGAUGCCGCUCUUGGAAAUUGUACAAACGUCUAAACAAGUAAUACUAGACGUUCUUAAAUUUGCUAAGAUCAUCGAAAAGGUUCCUAUAGUGGUUAAAAACUGCACUGGUUUUGCUGUCAACCGGACAUUUUUCCCAUACAUGCAAGGAGCUGACAUGUUGGCAAAUCUGGGGGUUGAUGUUUUCAGAGUCGAUCGAGUAAGCACUGAAUUUGGCAUGCGAAUUGGACCUUUUCAGCUUUUUGACUUGUCUGGAUAUAAUGUAUAUCUGGCAGUAGUCAAGGGGUUUGCUGCAGCAUUUCCAGAUCGCACUUUCCAGUCUCCAUUACUUCAGCUUAUGAUGGAAAAUGGCCAUACAGGCAAGAAGGACGGAAGAGGCUACUACUUAUACAAGAAGGGAAAGAAUCCUGAACUCAAUCCAUCCGUGCCGAAAGUAGUUGAAGAGUGCAGGAGACUUGUGAGCAUUAUACCUGGGAUGUUAAAAUAG